UUUUCAACUUUCUUUCUUGAAUCUUUUGAUAAAAUCAAUAAAAACAUGAAUAUUUGUUUUAAAUUCCUUAAAUUUUAAUUAAUUUUUACAAGAAAAUCACAUGAAAAAUGUCCCUGAAAGAUUUUCUUGAAUAAAAUUAAACUUUUUAACAUUUUUAUUCGAGAAGCUGGAGAAGAAGUCCGUUAAAAAUUUGAAAAACCCGCAUUCAUACACCAUGAAUACCAUGAAGUUGAAUGCAUUGUGUGGAAAUAGGGAAAAGUCACCAAACUUCAUUUCUUCACUGCGCAGGCUCCCCGGAAACUUCCUUUUUCUGCCCAAAUGUUCAGAUCCGGGACAAUCACACGGUCUGGUGGACUCUUCUCAGCCAUCGCCAAGCACUCCAAAUUGAUAAAUAUCAAACCAGUCAAUCGUAUCACCUUCCAAUUUGAUCCAUUCAGCAAAAAUUCCACCGAACUCAGACGUUUCAUCUUUCAGUACUCCAUUGAACGUGUAAAGGCCACCAACGUUAAUUGCAAGUAUCGCACAAAUAUUGUCUGCGAUGGUUCUCCUCCGCAAGUAGUCUUUGACCUGACCAAGCCAUCUGGGGAGAAGGAGAAGCUGACCAUUCUGUGUGAGAACCUCACGUGCCUGGAGCUUCUUCAACUCACAAAUAAGCACAUUGGGCAGUACGUUGUGGAGCCAGAGGAGACGUCAAAGGUGCCAUUGACUAAAUCCGCCAAAGCUGUGCAGAAGCAAACCAAGAGACGAUGAAGAAGGGACAUAUGGAUAUGAUCGAAAGGGUUUACAAUGACAUCCCUGCCUUUUCGGACAUCUUCACCGAGGAGACCUUCUACAUCUUUGCCUUUUGCUUCGUCAUCUUCACCAUCUUCGUGGCAUUCGUCCUGUCGCGAUUUAUCACCCUCAAACCAAUGGACUAAGAAAGUCAUCCCGGAUGCGAAACUCAUUGUAUUUUGAGCAAAAUAAUGAUUAUAAGAGGGCUCACAGAAUAAACAAAAAUUAGUUAAAUGUA